UACAUAGCAGAAUAAUUUUAUAUUUGGAUUUGUAUUUUUAUACUUUUUUAUUGCAAAAAUCUAUAAAAUUAAUGGGCAAAAUUACGAUACCAGAACCCUUUUUCUCUCGCUAGUCACAAAAAAUUGCAAAAAUGGUUUAUAUUGAAUACGGGCACAGAAAUGAUUUCAUAUGCAGAACACAGAAAUUGAUCUUACAAAGACCAUGGACACCAACGGUACGUAAGAAAAAAAUAAUCGCAGAAGAAUCAUUGCCUAAACUUGUAAAUUUGGGAUCAUUAAUCGGACGAAAUAUACUUCAAUAUUCUUUAAAAAGAACUGCUCCAGCCUAUCGUAUAACUGGAAGAAUUGAGAAAAAAAUAAAGAGUUCCACACCUAGCCCUGCCGCAUAUGAUAUUUCUGGUUUAACUUGUAGAGGUAAAUUCACAUGUGUUACUCCAACACUGAAAGGACUCCGAGAAUGUAAACAAAAACUUGAAACACCCGGACCUGAGAGAUAUAAAUCUUCUAAAGCAUAUAAAAAUGCGCACAAAAAUUUACCGAUGUACUCAUUUGGAUACAAACGUAAAAUUGUUAGAAAUGAAAUUAUUCCUGGUCCAAAUGUAUUUGCUUUACCUUCAAUGGUAGGGCCAAACGUAGUUGGCAAGGCACGCUGUGCACCUGCGUAUUCAUUAACAGGUCGAAUAGAUCCAAACUCCAAAUUUCUUACACCAUGUCCAACGACUUAUACUCCCGUUAUUGACUGUUCUAAAAAAAAUUUACCUAAAUAUUCACUACGUGGCCACUGCCAUCAAAUAAAUUCACAAAAACAAAUUCCAGGACCAGCCGCAUAUUGCCCACAGAGCUAUAACCGUUAUAAAUCAGCACCGGAGAUAUCAUUUGCUAUUAAACAUAGUCCAUACAGUGGCAGACCAUUACCUAAAUGCCUUGAUCCAGUCACUGGAAUCUGCAAGUGCGUUUAAAUUUAAAUGAAGUUAUGCUCAUCAUUCAAAUAUAUUUUAUUUAACUGAAUAUAAUAUAUUUAUAUAUAGAUAAAAAAAAAAUAAGUUGCAUAUAUCUGUAUGUAAAUAUAUUAUAUUUUCAUAAAUAUGUAGAUUUAUAAUUGGAUGUGCAUAUAUGCGUAGUGAAAUGAUUACAUUAUAUAGCAAAAUUAGGUAAAUUAUUAA